UCGUUGUCGUCGUAGUGUCAUCAUCAUCAUCAUCUUUAUGAAAAAAACUUCUUCCUUCUGGAACAAAUGAUACAAUUCGGGAACAAUAACAUUUUAUUAUAUUUAUAUAGUAAAUAAAGAUUUCGACCUACAUACAGCUAAAUAAACAACACACUUCAUUUGGUCUACAUCACAUAAUUGAAAUACUUGAAAAUAUGGAGAGGGCCAAAGGUAGCCACCAAGGACUCUAAGAGAGCCAAAGACCAAUGGCUCUAAGAACACGUGAUCAACGCUAUCCAAUGACGAAGGGGCUCGUGAAACCUGGCGACAGCCAGCACAUUGAAUCCUGUUGUCGGACAUCAACUAGAGAUUGCUGACAAUGACACUUCUUCAUGCAGAGCCAAUAAAACCGCAGGCCCGUCACCUGACAGUGCGAAUGGCGCCGUCGUUACUUCUAUUCAUUUUGAUGUGGGGUUCACUGGUACGUGGUUUGAAGGCAGAGAACGUUGAACUCUCAGGGACAAAAGAAUCCCACACAAUAAUACACCACAAGUGCAAGGGAGCUAAUCUGACACUGAAUGAGCCCACGGCAAAUGUUACCGUCCUUCAUGUCUUUGUAUUUCUCGGGAGAGAAACUCUAGCAAGCACCUCGAUACCAGCUACAGGAAUGUUUAAGGAUCGUCUAAUCGUGAGCAAUGAAGGAAAAGUGACUUUGAACGAUUUGACACCAGAUGACCAUGGAAGAUACCGAGUUGAAUAUCAACUGGCUGAGAACAAGCACACGUACAACAUCAGUCUGGUUAUUAAAGAACCACCUGAAACCAUAGACGGGAAAUUAUUUGUGAUGAAAAAGUACUCGCCAAACGAAAACUCUAUUCGACUGAUGUGUGGCAUGUUUACAACUCUGGGGUUUCCACCAGCUUUAGCCGUGUGGAAGGAUCCCGCAGGUCGAACACUAAGCAGUGACGGGUUUAAGGAUGAGUACUUUUACCUGGAUGUACCUGCCGACACGGCGGACUCUGGUGACUACUGCUGUCAGCUGGACUGCCGAGCCCCCGACUUCUGUUGUCUUGACGACCAGUCGCCGCUAAGGUCGUGCGCAACUGUGCACGUGCGGACAAAUAAGAAGAUAGAGGUCACGCCGACACCAAAUAUUUCAUUGGAACCUUUCACGAAACUGCAAGAAAAUGUCUCAAACUCAACUAAGAAUUUGGUUGAUUUAUCAGAGCUUCAUAUUCAGAACUGUAGCAACCAGGCUGAUGAAUACAUGAGCAAAGUGCAGACAUUGGAAGAAGACAUUCGGAAAGAAUUAGAGAAUGUGGUAAACAUCAGUGCAGAGGCUAGAAGGCAGCUUGAGAAAGAAACAAUGCAGAUGUUCUGGAACUUUCAGCUGCAGGUAGAUUACAACUUGUCGAUAGCUGUGGAAUCUUGUAGGGAACUUCAGGAACAUUUCAUGAAAGCAGCCACAGGACUGGAAUCAAAACGGACAAAUACAUCGGACAAAGUUGAAGCGAUGGAACAAAGAUUAGACACAAAGUUAACUGAAAUACAACAGUAUAGCGAUAAAGCUGAUGGCCGACUAGAGACUAAUGUGAACUAUUCCAUAGAAAGUCUACAGAACUUUCAGAGGCAGCUUGAUUAUAACAUGUCUUUAUCUCUGGAAUCCUUCAAGGAACUUCAGAAGCGUCUAAUGGAAACGGACAUGAGACAAGAGGUAACAUGGACAUCUGUCUUAGACAAGGUCGAAGCUUUGAGGAAGAAAUUAGAUAAAGGUGGAGAAAUAGAGAUACAAAUAUCAGAAGUGUCGGGAAUAGUAGACGAGUUGAAACAGAGGAUCGACGUGGACUUAGCUGAAAUACGAACUUCUGGUCUUGCCGCUGACAUAAUACUAGAGGCAAACAUGAACCGCUCCUUUGAAAUUCUCCAGAGCUUUCAAUUGCAGCUUGAUUACAACAUAUCUAGCUGUGAACUCACUAGAUGAAAUUAUGAAGCAGCUAGUGACUUCGAGCAGAGACCUAGAUACAAAAAUGAUCAAUGUUUUCAAACCAAGUUGAAAAACUGAGUCAGCGACUUGACAAAGAUGGGGAAAUGGAUGUCAGACUGACCAGAAUUUCCGACAAAGUGGAAACCCAGGCACAGAGGUUAGGUACAGAUUUGGCUGAACUACGGAUUGUUACUGCCAAUGGUGAUAAAACACUUGAGACAAACACGAACCGCUCCUUGGCUAGUCUCCAGUCGCAAAUGCAAGACAUAUUCAAGAAAGCUGACAGUUACGUUUUAUUGUUUAACGAAACGAUCAAAAAUCUUCAAACUAAGUCAACAAAUGAAUUGUCGAAUUUGAGACAAACAAUAAGCAGUGAUGUAUCAAAGUUAGAGAAUCGAUUAAUUCAAAUGAUUUCAGAAGUAAGGAGUUCAAAUCAAGCGGGACUGGCAGACUUGAGACCGAAAACAGACAAUCGUGUAUCAGCGAUUGAGAGCAGACUGUCAGCCAUCGAGAGAAGAUUCGAUAGCCACGUGACCACCAAUAGCCAGUUGAUGAAAACCAUCCGCUCAGACAUAGACAUGUUGGACAAAUCAGGUCGAUGUCGGAAGAAAGGUUACACAUGGCACUCAGAGAAAUGCUUGAAGGUUCACCUUUUAAACAAAUCAUACUACGAUGCCAAACGGUUCUGUGAGGCAGAAGGGGCUCACUUGUACAUCAUCAAAUCACGUGGUGAUGAUGAGGCACCAUUGCGUUUCGCAUUAAAGCAAGUUGGAGUUGUUUAGGACUAAACAAUCGCUACACGGUGGGAGCAAAUGACAAUGGCCGUGAAGGAAAGUUCUUCUGGGAUGACGGGAGUUCUCUUCCCACUUCGUCUGAGCUGUGGAAUACAAAUGAACCAAACAGCUGGGGCGGAAAUGAAGACUGUGUAGAUGCUUUUGUGACUGAUGACGGCUUGCUGAUCAAUGACCACCCUUGUGAUCUUUGGAGUUAUUUCAUUUGUCAGUACGACCCUUAGAAUAGGACAUUAAAUCAAUGAGUAUGUCUCUUAAAGACUCUACAGUCAAAGUAAAAUACUCUUCAUCAACUUUCGUUAAUUAUACAUUUUCUUUUAAUAAAAAAAAAUGGUGUGUGCUUGUUGUCACUCGUUUAAAUUUAAAUCAUGUUGGAGUUGUGUUCUUCACAUUUACAAAAAUAAAGGAAACAACAAAAGGAUGGUAGAAUAUCAGCGUACAGCAGCAAAGGAUACCUUGUCAGCUGAUGUAGGUUAAAAAAUAAAUAUGUCACCUCGUGUUAUCCUUUAUAUAACAAAGUAUGGCAACACCGACGAGACUUGCCAGACCUUAAGGGAACAAGGCAAACGGACUUUAUUUACAGGUAGUAUAGUAAUAUACAAUUCUUGCUUAAUUACUCGCUUUAUUACUUAUAUACAGGGAAUGGUAUGUUUUCCAUAUGGAAUGUCUACUUACAAACAACUCUUUCUCGUUCACAUACACCUACAAAUACUUGCACGCACACACACACACAGAAUGUCACACUUGCCAUGGAAAGCGUCUGUUUGAGAAAGAUACUUUGUUGGGCACAUAAUAUGCGUGUGAAACCUACAAAAGGGGUACGUAUACCGUAUACAAUUGUAAAUGCCACCCUGCACAUACAAAAUAUUGCUUAAUAAAAGUACCUUUUCUUUGUAA